UGAAUCUCUCCACGUGAUAGCGCGCACGCGUGCCCGCCGCUUAGCGUGAGUGCGCUUUCGCGCGAAGGUAAUAUGUCUUUACAAAAGGAACGAUCAGGCUACGUUUGCGUCUUAUAAAAACGAGACGCAAAAGUUUGGUCGGAAAAGAUACGACGGAUCAGUUCCUGGCGUGUCGUGUUCUUGAAUCUCGUUGAAUUUCUUCUUAUUUUCUUGAAGAACCUUAUUUUUAAAGAAUAAAUUUGUUUUUAAAGAGAUAAUUACGAUGCUAUAGAAACAUUUUACAAGUAAUUAAGAUAAAAUCGAAGUUUUUGUGUUUAUGUAACGUCUGGUGAAAACAUAUUUGACGAAAAUGAUAUUGGGUCAGAGACAAGAUUUAUUUUAAGAAAAAUGAUGGCGCGCAUUUGAGAUAACACUUCAAUUCCAAUAAAUUAUCGGACCUUAUACGUUUUAUCUUAAAAAUUGGCAAACUACUCAGAUAAUCGACACAUCUUUGCGCUUUAAAUCUCUUCUCCCCGUCGCAUUUAAUUAAAUUAUUCCUUCGUGCGAGUGUUCUUUAACUCCGAGCUUGAAAACACAUCAUGAUCGUAAAUUAGCGUCAUGAUUAAAAUGUGUAAGAAGCUCUGUCUUCCAUAUGUUUCUCACGUAACGCCUAAUACUUCGUGUAAACGUUAUAAAUAAACUGAACCGCAUACACGACGCAUAAAAAUGAAGCUGCAGCCCGAUGCAACCUUCAGUAGGAGAGCUCCGUGGCAGCAGUUCGAGUGCACUUCGUAACUAAUCCUAACGAUUAUCUCCGAACAAUAAAGAUACCGUAAAAAGUUCCGGAGGCUUACCUAAUUCGCGUCAAUUGCACAUUGUCAAGUCAAUUGCACAUUGCAAAUUUACCACUUCGCUUCGUCGCGUUGAUGCAGCAGCAAAAUUUCUUCGCGCUGUUCAAGGUCAGUCGCGUCAAUCAUCAAUGGUUAACUAAAUUUUUCCGUUCCUUUCUGGGUCACAGUUUUGAGAAUAGAGAAUGAAGAAUGUAAAGUAGAAAAGAAUAAAUUUAGUUUUAAUGCAGAAAGGCUGAAAUAUAAACAAAAUAAAUUGAAAUAUAUUACAAAAUAUAUCAAAUAUAAAUAUUUAUGACGUUCAUAUCUUUUUUCGUCACUAAAAUCAGCUUUAAAAUAUCUAAUUAAUUUUAUACGAGACAUAUGAGAUUAUACCUUAGAGUUUAGGAUUGAUCGCGCUAUUAAUUAAUAUUAAUUGACCGCUGUUGAUAGGCAGGACUAGGAUCCAGAAAGGAGCAAGGGUCAAGUUAGUUAAUCGACGUCGAUGAAAUUGGGGGCUCUCAGUUUACUACAAAUAGCUCUAAUCGACGUUUGCUACGACCUGUUCUAAAGCGCGGAGGCUGCUGCAUCAGAUUCGUCGUCCCGUUCGUAAAUUAAAGUCAGGGGAUCGAAAUCGGUAUAAUUUCCGGUAUAAUUUCGGUGAGUUCGAAUGUCAGUGCGCGAAAAUGAUGUCUUUGGUCGCUCCGAGAGACGCCGAAUGCGCGCCGUAACCGAAAAUUGAAUUCGCCCAUUAAUUAGACCGGUCUAGUUAGACCGGUUUCGAUUACUCUGAUUAGGGCCUCGCCUCUCUCGUCGGGCUGCGGCGGAUUCUACGUACGUGACGAGAGAUGCGAUACGCGUCUAAGCUGCUCGGCGCGAAGCCGUCAGAUCUCGUCAUCCAGGGCCUGCAAUUCCGGCGUAUCGUCCCGGAGACUUUCGAGGACGACGCUUCCACGUGCACCAGCUAUGACGACGUGGACGCGGACGAUCCCGGCUAUUAUCGGCAGCCCAGGAGGCCCCAUUGGGCGAAUAAAAUGGAAUUCGUCCUCGCCUGCAUAAGCUACUCCGUCGGUCUUGGUAACAUCUGGCGAUUUCCUUAUUUAUGCUACAAAAGUGGCGGCGGUGUGUUCCUCGUGCCUUACUUUUUAAUACUCAUAGUAUGUGGAGUACCAUUGCUGUACAUGGAGCUUAGCAUCGGACAGUUCACUCGUCGCGGCCCAAUCGGCGCCCUAGGUCAAGUGUGUCCUUUAUUGAAAGGAGCUGGUCUAUCGUCAGUCGUAAUAUCGUUUUUAAUGUCUACCUACCAUAAUGUGAUAAUAGCCUACGCAAUUUACUAUUUCUUCUCGGCAUUCCGACCAGAGCAACCAUGGUCACGUUGUGACAACUUAUGGAACUCGCCGCGCUGCUGGCUGCCCAGUUAUGGAUCCAUCGAUAAUCGAACUCGACCGAACCUGACAAGAACACCGUCCGAGGAGUUCUUCGACAACAAGGUCCUGCAAAUGAGCAGCGGCAUCGAAGAACCGGGAAUUUUGAGAUGGGAGCUCGUGGCGUGCCUGAUAACUGCGUGGAUCAUGGUGUAUUUUUCCAUCUGGAAGUCCAUUAAGUCAUCGGCGCAAGUGAGAUACCUGACAGGAACGCUGCCUUUCCUCCUAAUCGUGCUCUUCCUCACGCGAUCCCUCACUCUGGAGGGCGCCGCGAAAGGUCUGCAAUUCUUUUUUCAUCCACGCUGGGAAUUGCUUGGCGAUGCAAAGGUAUGGGUCAACGCUGCGGCGCAAGUCUUCAAUUCUGUAGGGAUCGCCUUCGGCUCGAUGAUAUGUUUCGCGAGUUACAACCGAUUCCACAACACGAUUCUCGUAGAUACCGUCGCCGUUUCGCUCAUAAACGCCUUCAGUAGUCUACUGGUUGGAAUAUUCUCGUUCGCCACGAUCGGCAAUAUAGCGCUAGAGCAAAACAUGUCCGUCGAAGAUGUCCUAACCGACGGACCUGGUCUAGUCUUCGUCAUCUAUCCGCAAGCGCUAGCCAAGAUGCCAGCUUCUCAACUCUGGGCUGUGCUCUUUUUCUUUAUGCUGGUCUGCCUUUCGUUGAACAGUCAAUUUGCCGUUGUUGAAGUGGUCGUUACGUCGAUCCAAGACGGUUUCCCGAAUUGGGUGAACCGUCAUCUUCUCUGCCACGAAGUGCUGGUCCUCCUCAUAUGCGUCGUUUCGUUCUUAUUUGGACUGCCGAAUAUUACGCAGGGCGGUAUUUAUUUCUUCCAACUAAUAGAUCAUUACGCCGCUUCGAUGUCCAUCAUGUUCCUGGCGUUCUUCGAAGUGAUUGCCAUCUCGUGGCUCUACGGCGUGCGGCGGCUGUGCAAUAAUGUCAAGGAGAUGACCGGACGCUUGCCAUCGAUGUACUUCCGGUUCUGCUGGUUCCUCGCCGCGCCUCUUCUCAUAAUGGCUGUAUGGGUGUUCAGCUUAAUUGAUUAUGAGCCACCGACCUACCACAACGGUGAUUAUACGUAUCCAUGGUGGGCAGAAGCGAUCGGAUGGGGCAUCGCGUCUCUCUCCUUAAUUUGCAUUCCCGCUUUUGCCGUUUACGUAUUCGUUAGAGCGGAUGGUGCCACGUUUGCCGAAAGACUCAAAAAUUCCAUCAAACCGCACUUCGAGGCGUGCAAAGUUUGCGGACAGGAAUACUGCGUGGAGGCCAUGCACAAUCUGCCAGAGGACAUGCUCAAGGAGCCGCAAACAGACGUGGAUACUUCCAUACAACUGAAUUCGCACUACCUGCUGAAGCCUCAGAUGUGAUAACGUGGACUCGCAGAAACGAUCAGCUUUUUACGGUUACACUUAAUCCACGAAAUAUGAAGUCACUUUGAGGAAUAAUUAUUAUUUAACAAGACACGUUCGCUCGCUACUUUUAUCGUCGGUCAUCGUAAUCGACAGCCGUCGCGGCAGUCAACAUUCCAUUAUUUAUAGCCUUGUUACAAAGACGGUGAUCACUUGCGAAAAAGUCAUUAGGAUAAAAGUAUAUCUUCUUGUAAACUGUUACUCUUUACGCCAUCGUUAUGUGAUAGGCUAUAGACAAGCACUGAAUCGACGUAAUAGGAAUAUAUUUCUGUAUAUCGCAGUCGAUACGCAAUAUAAUGUGUAUAACAUUGUUAUAUCAUAAUUUUAAUAAAUUAUUAUAUAGUUA